UUCGGUGCGGUGUCGCGGUGAUUUUGAGGAGACAGAAUAAAGAGAGAGAGAGAGAGAGAGAGAGAGAGUGUGUGUGUGUAUGAAAGAGAGAGAGAGAGAGGAAGAGGGAGGGAGAGAGAGAGAGAGAAAGAUAGAGAGUGAGAGAGAGAGAGAGAGAGAGAGAGAGAAAGAAAGAGUAGCAGUGAGUAGGCCUUCUGUCUCGUACCAAUUCGCCGAAGGGUGCGAGUGAGUUUCGGUCGGCCCCUUGAAACAACAAUCACUCACCGUCGUUCGUGCCACUUUAUAUAUUUAGUCGUUUCUUUCUUAUUUAAAGAAAAGAAAGAGAGAAGUAAGAAAUAGGGUAAGCCGGUCGGCAAUACGCGCAAAAGUAUUCGAGUCUUCGCGCGAAAUUUCAAGAUAUCGUGCCUCGUGUGAGAGGAGAAGACGUAGCACCUUCGAAUGAUUGCCGCAUCUCGUAAGAAUCUCCUUCGAAGAAUUUCGACGACCGUCCUCGAUAGAGGACGGAAGAUAAGUGUCGACAUGUCGGCGUUGAGCACCAGCUCCUAUAAACCUGGAAUAAUUCUUUGCUUGGUGAUCUUCUUGGUCCCACAAUCCACGCAUUCUGCACCAGUAUACGACCAAGAUACCACACAAGUCGCAGAGUACGAUGGAGGUGCAACAGGCUGUUACUACAACUUUCAACAUUACCAGGAAAGUGACAGAAUUAUAACGAACGAGCCAUGUCUGAACUGUACGUGUCAUAAUCGAAUGUUGAUGUGCUACUUGAGAGUUUGUCCCUUCUCAAAGGCUAUUGGACAAGACUGUACGGUCGAGAAAAGACCCGAUCAAUGUUGUCCCGUGAUCACUUGUCCGGAAGUACCAGUUCAAUUGCUUACAUCGACUACCAAUGCUCCAGCAACAUCUGACUCGACGGAAAUUGGCUUCCGUGAUAAUUAUGGAUGUAAAAUAGAUGAUCGGUUUUAUCCCGACGGUGCCCAAUUACCACUCGAUCCUCAGAAUCCUUGCGAACUUUGCUACUGUAUCAAGAACAGAACCACUUGCGUGAUACAGGAGUGCACGCUACGUGUGGCAGGAUGCAAACCUGCCUACCAACCGGGUGUAUGUUGUCCGGUCAAGUACAACUGUGAAUAUGACGAAGAACUUGAAACUACGGUUGGACCUAUAUCUGGCCUCAUCAUGACUACUACGAUUGCUCCCGGUGCAACGCCACAAUGUUAUUAUGAAGGUAAAUUUUACGAGGACGGUGAAUUGAUUUAUUCAACACAACCUUGCCAACACUGCUACUGCUUCCGUGGCGAUAUCGCUUGUGCCGUUCAAGACUGUGGUACACCUAUGAAGACGCAUGGAGAAAACUGCACUGCUCUACCACCGCCUGAAGGAGAAUGUUGUCCGACCACGUAUCACUGCGAGGACAAUGGUCAAAAUGAAAGUAUAACUAUACCAGAAGGAAUAGAGCAAACCUCUGAAAUUAAUCAAGUACAACCAAUAGUAACCACUCCGGAAAAAGUCGAAGAACCAGAAGAACAAGAAUUUGAAAUUACAAGCGAAGCAUUCCCUGGUGCUGACAACGCGAUUCCGCACGACCACAAAAUUAAAGCAGAACAAACUGAAGAAUCUAUUAAAGCUGUGGAAUCUACUGAAAAGUCUGCAGAGACAACAGAAGAAAAAGAGGUAACUGAAUCUGAAACAAUGUAUGGUUCAGGAGAAGUAAAUCUUCCCGAAGAACACGAUGUAGAACUGACUCCUGUAAAUAUACCUGAUACGGAAAUUAAGCCAACCGAGGAAACUCAAACGAUCCAAAACCAAAAUACAGAAGUCCCUAUCUUGAUAAAGGAAACUGAGAAACCUAUUUCAAUCGAGCAAACUGAGACACCCGUUCCAACAGAAAAGAUAACACCUAUCUAUACGGAAAAAUCAGAAAUACCUCUCGUUGCAGAAAAUACCGAAAAGCCUAUUACCAUAGAAGAAACUAAAACACAAGUUUCUGAAGAAGAAACUGAAAUUCCAAUCACACUAGAAAAAUCUGAAGAUUCGUCCACUAAACCAUCCGAAGGUGUACAAGAAGCAAUUGAAAUUUCGAUAACCGAGAAUGUCCCAACAGUUUCUUCGUCUUUAGAAGGACUAGAAACUGAAACGGAAACUGCAAAAAAAGAUCAAAAAAUUGAACAACCCGAAAGUACCGAAGAAAAUGUCACUUUAGAAGAACAUCAAACACAAGCAAUAACAAUUGAAGGUGCAAUGAAAACAGAGGAAUUAACUGAACCUUUGAUUAGCGAACAAGACCAUACUGAGAGUACAUAUGAAUUAGUACCAUCGGAAGAAACAACAAAUCCCCAGGAACCAGGUGAAGAAUCUGGAAAGUCAACUGAAGUAAUAGUAUCUACUGAAGGAGUAUCAGAAAAAACUACAGAAACAAUUAGUCAAUAUGAAAGUACAACAAAAUUAUUUGAAAACGAAGAACAAUCAAGUCUUGAGACAAAAGAAAGUGAGAUUCCGCAGGAAAUCACAGAAAAAGCUACUACGUUAAACCCAGAAAAAUCUCCAAUAGCAGAAGUAACUGAGUCCGAAAAACCUGUUGAGAUUAGUGAAUCGGGAAAAGUUGAGCCAAUCGAAAUUACUACCAGUUUACUAGGAGUUCAAGAAACUGAACAACAAUAUCCACCUGCAGAGCAGAAACCUAAAAGUCCAGAGCCUGAAUUAGAGUUAAAAGAAAAGCUCCCACCUCUUGCUCCUAAAAGAGAUGACUUUGGCUCGCCUGAAGUAGAUAUUAAUCAACACCCAUUCAUCAAAGAACCGCAUGAAACAGAAGUAGACGAACAAAUUUUUGAAAAUAUACCAGGAUACAAAACAGAAGAUAAAGAAUCAAUUCCGGAAAUACAUAUAAUCGAAAGUAAUGUUGAUAUUAAAAAACCAGAAAUGCACGCUCCUGAAAGUCUUGUAACUGAAACUCCAGAGAAAGCUCUUACGUCUGAGACAGCUUCUAGUACAAUUACUAAACAUGAAGAAAAUGAAAUAGAAACUGAAACAAAAGUAGAGAAACCUAUUGAAGAAACGAUACCAGAUCAAAAAGAAACAUCUACUACCGAAAUUACACCUACUGCUUUGGACACAAAAGCUAGUCAUACUCCUGAACUUCACGUUUCUACAGAAGUACAAACUAUACAAGAAGAACUUGAACAUACUGAAAAAUCAAUUAUACCUGAAGAUUAUGUCACAGGAACAAUAGGUCCUGAAAUUCAUUUGACAGAAAAAAUAACUACUGUUGAAGAAUUACCAACAAAAGGUCUUACUUUAGGAGAAUUUGGAGAAACUUCGUCGGAAGAAGUGAGUUCUGAAACGUCUAAUGGCAAUGAAGAAAUAAUGCCAGGAAAAGAACAAUUUAACGAGGAAGAAGGUGAAGCCGAAGAGAAAUUACAAAAACCAUCUUCUGAAGAAAUCUCGACUGAAAGUUCUAUUUCUGAACAAGAAUCAACAAGUAUACCUGCCAGUGAAAAAUCAGUUGAAGAAGGUGUAGAUACAAUUAGUGAAAUUUCACCUACUGAAAAACAACCAGAAAUUCCACAAUUCGAGAUACAACCAACAGAAACUACUACAGAAGAAGGAGAAGUUACUAUUAAAGAAACUGAACAGAAAGAAUCUAUAGAAACACCAAAAGUAAGUCCACCAAGUGAAACUGAACAGAAAGAAUUUAUGGAAACGUCAGAAGUUAGUAAACCUAGCGUAAUGCAUACUGUAAACGAAGUUGAUGUAUCAGAAACAAAAGCUCCAGAAGAACCAGAGAUCGUGAAAGUAACUGAAUCAACAGCUGUAAGUGAAGAAGCAACUGUUGUUUCAGAAAUUGUGAGUGAGGAAAGUACAACAAAACAAACGGAAGAAAUCUCGACGAAAGAACAUAUUCUUGAAACAUCUGAAAUUACCGAAAAUAUCAUUUCGGAGGAAGUGUCAGAGCAAUCGGUUAUUCCAAACAAUAAAUCAACAGAAAGCAUUGAAAUAGCGGAAGCAUAUACAUCGGUACCUUCUGUAAUCGAAGAAGAGCCUGUCGUAGAAGAAAAAUCAACAGAAAUGCCCUCAUUAAUAGAAAAAGAGCAUACACCAACACUAAUUUCUAAAGAAAAAUCGAUUGAAGAAUCUGAAGAAGAGAAGAAAUCUGAAAUUAUACCUAUAAAAGAAGAACUUACAGAAAAAACACCAAUAACCGAAACACAAACAACCGAGAAAUCUAAUGUUAAAGAAGAAUCGGAGGAAGAAAAAGAGACUGAAUCUUCUGUUACUGGCAAAUAUACAACAGAAACUUCAACUGUAGAAGUUAAAGGUACAGAGAUUAUUAGUGAGCAGUCUACCGAAAAGAUAAGCGAAGAUGAAGAACAGAAAAUUCAGAAACCAUCCUUUGAAGAAGAAAAAUCUACUGAAUCCACUGUCGGAGAAGGAAAAGAACCCAUAGACAGUUUUGAAAAAAAGCUGACAGAAAUAAUUACUGAAGAAAAAACAACUAAAAUUUCUAUUCCUGAACAACCCGAAACAUCUACUAUGAUCUCGGAAGGUGAACACGAUGUUUUCGAGGAUAAUAUUAGAGAACAAUCUACCGAACAAGCUGCAGUAAGUGAAACAUUUUCUGGACAACCUACAGUGAGUGAGUCAACUACUGAACUUUUUAGCGGAACGAUACCUCCUGUAAUUGAAUCGAAAGUCCCAAUAGAAUCUCAUAUUGAAGAAAAAAAGCAACCAGAAACUGAAACUUCAGUGACAAAAGAAUCAUCUACUGAAACUCCAAUACAGCAAGAAGAAUCUACCUCCAUCGAAUCAAUCUCUGAAAAACUAAUCCCUGAAGAACAAGAAGGAGUCGUAAGUACUACUAAAAUAACUGAUGAGAUCAAUGGAAGUACAUCGCAACCAGAAGAAUCAUCUAAAGAAUCAACUGAAGCAGCAAUUCCUGCUGAAUCAUCUAUGACAACAAAAGAACAAGAAAUUGAGGAGCACACUGAAGGUAUUUCUGAAGAAAAAUCAGACGAAGAGAAGAAUCACGAAUUAACAAGUUCUGUUGGAAUAUCGACGGAAGAAACUUCGUCGGAAGUACCAAUUAUAAAAGAAACGACAGAAAUACCCGAGGCGGAAGAAAAACUUCACAAAACAACACUAGAAAUUGACGAAGAGAAAACAACCACGAAAUCUAUCGAGACACACGAGGAACAAUCAACGAUUACACCUUUUAAAGAAGAAAUAUCGGGAGUAAAACUAACAUCUCCAUCAUUGAUAAUAACUGGAAUACCAUCCGAAAAACCGAUUGAAUACUCAACUGAACAACAGCUUGCAGAUAUUACAGAAAUAAUACCAACAAAUGAAAUAACUGAAUCAGCAGAAUCCAAACCUACAUCUUCAGAUAUACCAGGUGAAGGUAAUUGUCUCGUUGAUGGACAAUCUUAUAAUAAUAACUCGGCUAUACCUCCAGCGAAUCCUUGUCAAUUGAGUUGUCAAUGCAUUAGCAGUAUCAUCCAAUGUGAGCUUAUGCUUUGUCCACCACCUCCAACUCAUUUAUCUAAUUGUAUGCCAGUACAUGCAAGUGGAUCUUCAUGUUGCCCAAUAUACACAUGUGACUCCACUCCUACAAUUGAAUUAGAAGCAGAUAAUCAUAUGAUUGAACACCACACUCCGAAAUAUGAAGAAAGUGAAAAACCAGAACAUAUAACGUCUAUUCCCAAAGUUACAGAAAUUCCAUCAGCAUUUAGCGACCAUACAGGUGAAGGAGAAGGUCAAGAGCAUGUAUCAUCUUAUCCACACACUUUAGAAACUGUAUCAGAACAUGGAACUGAAAUAGGAAAAGAAGAAGAAGCAGUAGAAGAACGAAUAACCAUUAAUCCAAUAGAAUCUGUUAGUGAAGAAUCCACAAUUACUCAAGAACAUAAAAAUUUACAAGAAGUUUCAUCAAAAGAGACUUUGAGUGAGCAAUCUACAACAGAAUCUACAUUAUCGAUUACUACACAAAAAACUGUAGAAGUUACCGAGCAAGAAAAAGAGAUAGUCAAAUUUUUACCUUCUACCGAGGAAUCAAUCGUAGAACAAACUACUGAAAAAGUAACAUCAGUUCCUGUAGCUGUAGAAACGGAAACUACUGUUUUAAUGGGAGAAUCUGAAAAGAUACCUGAAGGCGGUACCGAGGAAGGGGUAUCAAACGAAGCGACUGAACAAACGAUGAGUGAAGCUUCUAUAUCUACGACAGCAGAAACGAUGAGUGAAGCUCCUAUAUCUACGACAGCAGAAACGAUGAGCGAAGCUUCUAUAUCUACGACAGCAGAAACGAUAAGCGAAGCUUCCAUAUCUACUGUCUCUGAAAUAUCUAAUGAAGUAACAGAAGAACAAUCUAAAGAAUCUGAAGCAUUUGGAGGUAUUCAAGAAGUAAUUGUAUCUACUGAACAUGGAAUUACUUCUACUGAAGAAGAAAUAACACAAAGUGCAGAAACUGAAGGACAAACAAAAAUAGAAAUGGAAACGACCAAAGAGAAAGAACAGCCUGACAAACUAAUUGAAGUAACAUCUGAACGGCCAACUGAACAUUACACCGAACAAGAGUUUACAGAUAUUACUAAAUUAGUAACAACAAGUGAAGUAAGUUCUCAAGCACCUGAAGAAGCGAAACCUACGCCAGUUGAACACCAGACUGUGGAACCUGAAAGUGAAACUACAAAUAUAAAUAUAUCAGAAUCUAAUACAGAAAUUUCUACUAAAAUUGACUUACUCAUUACAGAGGACCAAACCGAUAUUUCUAAAGCAACUACUACCAUUAAAAGUGAAUCUGUAUCUAGUUACGAAGAAAUAACUACACCUACUAUUGAAAGCAAUCAAUCUACAAAAAUUCAAGAGAGUGAAAUUUUAGACGAAGAAAAAGACAAAACGAUUGAACAAACUACAAAAUCUGUUGAAAAGUCUACGGAAAUAUCGACACAACAACCUACAGAUCAAACAGACAUUCCUAUGGUAACCGAAAAACAAUCAGUUGUACACAUAGAAGAGACACCGAUACCAGUAACAUCAAAAGACACAGAAAGCAGCAUCUCGACAAAGACAGAAUCUACAGAACCUACCGUUAUUGUAGACAAUGAAACUCCCUUAUCUUCUGUAGAGGAACAUACAGAACCAACAAUUUCAGUAGAAACUCAAACAUCAACGUUAGUUUCAGUCGAAGAACAUGAUGAAAGUGAAGAAAUACCCAAAAAAUCUGAAUCAGCAGAGAAACAGAACGAAGAGAAACCGGUAGAAGUUACAACAACGGAAAAGGAAAUCUCUGAACCUAGUGAAGUUGAAGUUACAGAACAUAGUAUAUCUUCGGCAGAUUCUACUACACCUACCAUAGAAAAGCAUGUAACAACGACAAUAGAAGAACAGACUAUUAAAUUUGAGGAAACAUCAACUAAGGAACCGACCCAAGAAUACACAACUCUAUCAAUUUCUCCGAUAUAUGAGGAAACAAUUGCAACCUCAACACCGUUUAACGAGAAAACUUCUGAAAGUAUUCCAAUGGAAGAAGAACAAACAAAAGAAAAAACUCUUGAAAAUAUCGAAGGAGAAACAGUAGGCCCAAAUGCCAUUAUAGAAGAACAAACUAUUUCAUCAAACGUACCAAUAAUUCAUGCUGAAGAAGAGCAUCAACCUGAAGAAAUUACUCAGAAACCUUUCAAAGAAGAGGCAACAACCUCUACAAGUAUUACCGAAAUACAACCUACCUUAGCCAUAAACGAAAAAACGCAGCAGCAUCUAGAUGAAGAAAUUUCUUUCAACAUUGAAAGUACUUCUACAGAAAAAUCGGAAUCAGUAGCAACUGAAGUCACGGAACAGACUAAGCAAAUUGAAGAACAAGAACCGAAAAAGGAAGAACAAGUAGGUGAAGGACAGCCAAUUGAAACUUCAGAAGUUAGUGAAGUGACUGAAACUUUAGUAACUUUCAAAGAAAAACCAGUUGAAUCCUCUAUACCAGAAGAAAAACCAACUGAAUCUCCAACAUUAGAAGAAAAACCAACUGAAUCUCUAACAUUAGAAGAAAAACUAACUGAAUCUCCAACAUUAGAAGAAAAACCAACUCAAUCUCCAACAUUAGAAGAAAAACCAACUGAAUCUCUAACAUUAGAAGAAAAACCAACUGAGUCUUCAAUAUUAGAAGAAAAACCAACUGAAUCUCCAACAUUGAAAGAAAAACCAACUGAGUCUCCAAUAUUAGAAGAAAAACCAGUUGAAUCUUCUACAUUGGAAGAAGAACCAAUUGAAUCCUCUACACCGGAAGAAAAGCAAAGUGAUGUUUAUAUCACCAGUGAAUCUUCUGCGGCCAGUGAAUCUUCUACGCCCAGUGAAUCUUUUACGCCUAGUGAAUCUUCUACGUCCAGUGAAUCUACUACGUCCAAAGAAAAACUAAUCGAAUCAUCUACAUCAGAAGGACAACUGCUUGAAACAACGUCACAAGAAAACCCGAUUGAAUCAUUAACACCAGAAGAAAAACCAAUCGAGCCAUUAAUACCAAUAGAAGAUCACACUGAAACCGAACAGAAAACAGAAACACCAAUCAGUAAAGGAGAAACCUUGAAACCGUCUACAUAUGAAGAUGAAAUAGAAAAGAUAUCGGAACAACCUCCAUUGGAAGAAACGCAAACCACUGUAGAAGAAAGUGUUUCUAAAAUACCUGUAAUAAUUAGUUCUACCGAAACAGUUCAGACAGAGCUCAUUGAAGAGCAAAAAGGGGGUGAAACUGAAGAACAUUCUGUAACUCCAAUCGAAGAAGAAAAAUCGGAAACACCAGAAAGUACAGAAAGUAUUUUAAUAAAAGAACAAGAACCAACAAAAGAAACCACAAUAACAGAUCAUUUAGUAUCCGAAGAAAAAGCAACAACAGUUUCAACUAUUCGUGAAGAAGAAAUUCAAUCUACAGAAGCACCAGCACCUACCAAAGAAGCUCCUUCCAAAGGUGAAGUAGAAUUUCCACUGGCAGGAACAGAAGCAUCUAGCGAAGUGACAAUUAAAGAACAGUCUACCACAGAGCCCAUAAGUGAAGAAUCAAUAACUAAAUCAGAAGAAGCAGAAAAGGGCAAGGAAGAAAUCACGGAGUCUACUCUUCCAAAAGAAAAACCUGUACCAACGAGUCUUAGUUCGAUAACAGAAGAACCUGAAGAGAAAAUGACAUCAGGACCAGUUGUAACAGAAGAACAAGAAUUAGAAAUUUUGUCAGUAAAACCGGAAAAAGAAGAAGAGACAACGGAAUCGUCUACCGAAGGAUUCAUUACGAAGUUACGACCUAUACCGACUGAAUUAUCGAUCACUGAAACUUCUGAAAAAAUUUCGGGAAGUGAUCACGAAGAAGGUCAAGAAGAAGUACAAUCACACAUUGGCAUUACUCAACCUGAAUCUUCUUCGCAAAUUCCACAGACAGAUAAAUCCGAAGGUCAACUAACUGUCGGAUUAGAUGAGGAACACUUACAGCCAGUCAAUCAUACCAUCGAAACUUCUGAGCCGAUUUUGGAAGAACAUCAUGUGACGAGUAGUGUAACACCCCAAACAGGCGUGGAAUAUCCUGAACAAACAGUAUCCGGCGAAGAUAAUCCUCACUUCCCCAUGCAUGGUGGUAGUUACUUAAAUCCCGACGAAGAUUACGACGAAGACGAUCAGGCGAUUUAUGGGCCUGGCACUUGUAGAUACGGUGGAAAGGUUUACAUGUCCGCCCAACAAAUACCAAGAGACGACCCAUGUGAUUUCUGCUUUUGCUUUAGAAGCGACAUCAUCUGUCUUCAGCAAAGUUGUCCACCACCGAUACCAGGAUGCCACGAGGAACCUAUUAGCGGUUUCUGUUGUCCUAGAUACGAGUGUCCUGUAUCGAUGGCUACAUCUCUUAAUAUCACUACAACUACGACCACGACUACUACUACGUUACCUCCACACUUUUUAACGCAUGCCUAUAAAGGUGCUGCAAAACGAAGUGGAUGUCAAAUUCGAGGCCAAGCAUAUCAUGUAGGCGAAGUUAUUACAUCCGCGUCUGGUCCAUGUCUUCAUUGCACUUGCGGAGGUGACGGCAAUAUGAAGUGCGAUCCACGAGUAUGUUCUCCGGAGCCAAUGCUGAGGCAAAUGAUCGCCGCGGCUACAGCCAGAAGAAGGAGAUGAGCCGUUCGUAAUGGUCCCCUGGAUCUAUCCCGACGAAGAAGCGAAUACGAGGGAGCCAUGAAGGAAGUGUUGUAUAAAAGUGAAUUAAAAUUAUUCUAAACUACCUAAACGUCGCAGAACACAGACAAUAAUGUGCUUCGACGUUCACGAACCGAGUGGCCAAAACGUAAACGUUUAUAUUAUAAUAUUAUAUUAUGUUAUAUAUAUAUAAAAAAAAAAAAAACAAAAAAACAAAAAAACAAAAAAAAACAAAAAGAGGAAUGAAAGAAAGACAAGAGCAGAAGGGAAGUCAAAAGGGACAUGUGGAGAAUUUUAAUUAAUGUAAUGAGACGCGCGUUUCCAGUGCCAAAACGUGGCGAAUGAAGAAUAAACUUGCAAGGGAGGAAGUUUUAAUGAAACAAAAGAAAAAAGGAAAAAAGAUAAAAGGAUAAAAAAUUAAGAAGCACCACUUUCGUGUUGGUUCCAUGCUCAUAUCUCAUUCUACGUCUGAUAACAUUUCUUACGAAAAUACGACUCACUCAAGAAAAAAAAGAAGGAAAAAAAUCGUAAAACGAAAAUUAUUUAAAAAAAAAAAAAAAGAAAAAAAAACGUUUGAAAUUUACGACUGUGCCUUCGUCAGUGUCGUCGAGAGUGGCAUUACUUUCGUUUAUAGCGGCAGCUGCGCAACAGCAACAUUAAUGAAAAUCAUCGACAUCAUUCUCCAAAGAAUUCUAACUGCAACAAUUAGUGGUAGGAUGUUAACGAUGAAUAAGCUAAAACGAGAAGAAGAAAUAUUAUGAAUUUGGAUAAACGAACAUUCGUACAGUGACAUUUUAACAUUGACUGGAAUCGUAGAAUGAAUAUUUUGUUAUGCUCUCGAUUCGUUUGUAACUAACGAAUUCGUUCAAAAACAAAAUCGUGAUCACUUUUAUACACAUAAUCACACAGGACAUAAUGUUCCUCGUACGAUUCGUCCGCGUAAGAUCGAAAAAUCGCAAAUAAAAUGGUGUUUCAUUGCGCACGUCGCUCUUGUAAUACCAUUAUAAGAAAUUAGAGCAUUGGCGAUUAAAGAAGGUCCAAACUACUCGCGAUUGAUGAAAAGAUCUUUAUCAAGUUUCGGCUGCCGCGUGUCGUGCUUAAAUAAUCGAUCGGUCCACAUAUAUUCACGUAUGCGAACGUCUACGGACAUUUGAAUACGCUCGAAAUGGCACUUCCGAAAUAGUCGCUAUAUCUUAUAAACAAAUAAACAAAGUAAGUAUUUCUUAUUUUGUAAAAAAAAAAAAAAAAAGUAACGAAGAAAACAAAGACUUGAAAGAACGAUGCCAUUUUCUUACGUAUCCUAGUGUGCGUGCAAGUAUGUGCGUGUGUGCGUGGUCAGCCACAAUAUAUAUAUAUAUAUAUAUACACACAUAUACACGUAUAUAUAUAUAUGUGUGUGUAUCUAUGUAUAUUAAAAAAAAAAGGAAAUUGAAAAAAUAAUGAACGAAAGGUACGCGCAAACUCAAAGCUUAAAUAAACGGCUCGCGCGGAGGACCGAUUGAGAAUUUGCUUCUCCGGCGAGCUGGCAUUAUACAUUCAUAAGUAUAUAUAUAUAUAUAUAUAUAUAUAUAUAUAUAUAUAUAUGCAUAUAUAUAUAUAUAAUAAAUACAUAUAUAUACAUUUAUAUGAUUCUUUAUAUACACUAUACCCCCUUUAAUACUUAACGAUAACACGAUGUUCUACACCUUUGUACGAAAUUAUAAUUAAUACUUCUCUAUGACGAAAUGAUCUCCCAUUGUUCUCCAGUCUCAAAGUGUCAUGUUGGAACGAAGUUCAUUUUUUGUUUUCUCCUUAAGAUAAGACCACGGUUAUCUCAUCUUGUCAUAAUAUCAUUCCUCUAUUCUUCGAGGAAGAAUCAAGUCAAUUAGAUAUUCUCUUUUGGCCGAUAAUACGCAAUAAAUAAUCGAUGGUAUACGAGAACGAUAGAAUCGUCAUGCUUUGAGACUUCGGAACGUUGGUUAUCGUUUAAUAUAAUAGAAAAAAAAAAAAAACGCUAUAUCGUCGCAUAAAUACUGCGCAUUUGUCUGUAUUUAUACUGAUAAUUAACCAACGACUAUGUGUCGGUGUCCCGUUUUACUGGCAUGAAAAUAGCUCAUAGUACUUGUACUCGUAUAUCAAUUAAGUUCGUCUCUUGAAAAGAAAUAAUGGAAAAAAAAAAACAAAAAAAAAGAACAAAAAAAAAAACAAAAUAGGAAUGGGAAAGCGUCUACGAAGAACUUUUAUGAAAGCUUUUUUAUAGAUAAACGGGUCUCUCUGUUUAAAUCAAACAAUGGAACGAACAUCGACGGCGUAUUCGUAGAGCUUCCAUAAUAGCUCAUACGUGAUAUAAAUGGCCAUAUUGACUAAAGUCAUUAUUACAGGACAGGAAAAAGCUAUCGAUAGACGUUUAAAACGCUUUUAUCUUACGAAAAGUUUCUUUUACACGAGACACGCUUACAAAGUAAGGAAAACAAUUAUAAAACGUACGAGUAGUGACUCCGUAAAGAAAAAUAAAAAAAAAAAAAAAGAAAGAAAGUUGCAACAUCAUAGCUCUUUGGAGCUAUCUAAAUCGUUCAUUUAUCUGUAUCUAGUAUAAUAAAAAUGCCCAAACAUUUUUCAAUAGAUAUGAUUUCAUUUUCGAUAAACAUGACACCAAAAUCCAUUCUCCAUAAACACAAUUUCAAAUAUGAAUAAAAUAUCUAACUUUAAUUUCUAUUCUCGAUUGUCGAAUUAGCUGUUUGCAUAUUUCAAAAGAUUUAAUAAUCAAUUGAUAUAAAUUUGAAAUGUACUUUAUAUUAUUUUAGGACUAGACAAUGUAUGAGCGAUUGCCACGCAUAUCGAGUAAAAACGAUUCAAAUAUAUUGCCACUUCGAUUGUAACUUGAUAUUUGUAAAAGCGAAGUAAAUUUUUUCUAAGCCAACUUUCUUAGAGAUUAAUCUAGCAUAGUAUUUAUCUUGAUAUUUUUCGCAUUAAUAGCGAUAAUAUACUGAAAGUAUAAUGAGUAUCGAAUAUAUAAUAAGCUAAUGAUAAUAAUAAUCUACAUAUAAUACUAACGUAAGGCAUACGAUAACGUCAUAUAUUUAGACUUGUAUGCAUAAUUAAUUAUACAGCUUUGUCGGCUGGUUAAAAGAUUUAUCGACUCAUUAUCGUCAAAAAUAACAUUCUUCCUCCAUCGUGACUUAGCCGACUUUAAAUACACAAUAUACACGAAAAAAAAAAUAACAAAAUAUUUAUGUACAAAAAGAUGACCAAUUUUUGUCUGCUUGUAUAACGUUAGUUAUUAUUAAACUUCUUUUUUAUUUGCAUGUUAUAAAAAAAAUGUUUUAACAUUACGGAAAAGUUUGAUAUUUUUUCUGUAACGUUCAAUGUAAAUUGCCGAUUUGAACAAUAUGCUUCAUUAUACUUUCACGUGAAUAAAGUGAAUUUAAGCAAACUAAAAAUGAUUGCUUCAAACAAAGUAAAUAAACGCGAUACUCAGUACGCCAGUAUACUCGAUAGUUUUCUCAAAUUUUGCGAGAAUUUUUUUAUAUUCAAUUAUGUGAUCGCUAAUGACAAUUGUCUCUUCCUUUCCAGUAUAAUCUGCUAUCGUCCUGCUGCGUAUCAUUAUAAUAUGUAUGUGAUAAAUGAAGAAAACAAUCGAACCGUGAAUAUUUAAAAUGUUCCGGACUAUACGGAUAUGUUAGGUUAGUUUUCACAGUACGUGCUAGUGUAAAGUGUCCUUUUAUAUAAAUAAAUGAUUUUGUAUGUCA